CCACCCCCGCCCCUGAAACUUCCAUAGCAAAUAGCAAGCAUCCAGCUAGACUCAGUGCGGGCAGCGCACUAUGCGGCUCGAAUGGGCGUCCUUGUUGCUGCUACUGCUGCUGAGCGCGUCCUGCCUGUCCCUGGCCGCUGACAGCCCCGCCGCGGCACCUGCCCAGGAUAAAACCAGGCAGCCUCAGGCUGCAGCAGCGGCCGCCGAGCCGGACCAGCCGCAGGGGGAGGAAACACGGGAGCGAGGCCAUUCACAACCCUUGGCCGGGCAGCGCAGGAGCGGCGGGCUGGUCCAGAAUAUAGACCAACUCUACUCUGGCGGUGGCAAAGUGGGCUACCUUGUCUACGCGGGCGGCCGGAGGUUCCUGCUGGACCUGGAGAGAGAUGACACAGUGGGUGCUGCUGGUAGCAUCGUUACUGCAGGAGGAGGGCUGAGCACAUCAUCUGGCCACCGGGGUCACUGUUUCUACAGAGGCACCGUGGACGGUAGCCCUCGAUCCCUAGCUGUCUUUGACCUCUGCGGGGGUCUCGAUGGCUUCUUUGCAGUCAAGCAUGCGCGCUACACUCUAAAGCCGCUCCUGCGUGGGUCCUGGGCAGAGUAUGAACGAAUUUAUGGGGAUGGAUCUUCCCGCAUCCUGCAUGUCUACACCCGUGAGGGCUUUAGCUUCGAGGCCCUGCCGCCACGCGCCAGUUGCGAGACUCCUGCAUCCCCGUCUGGGCCCCAAGAGAGCCCCUCGGUGCACAGUAGAUCUAGGAGACGCUCAGCGCUGGCCCCGCAGCUGCUGGACCACUCAGCUUUCUCACCAUCUGGGAACGCGGGACCUCAGACUUGGUGGAGGCGGAGGCGCCGUUCCAUCUCCAGGGCCCGCCAGGUGGAGCUCCUCUUGGUGGCUGACUCUUCCAUGGCCAGGAUGUAUGGGCGGGGCCUGCAACAUUACCUGCUGACCCUGGCCUCCAUCGCCAACAGGCUGUACAGUCAUGCAAGCAUUGAAAACCAUAUCCGCCUGGCUGUGGUGAAGGUGGUGGUGCUGACGGACAAGGACAAGAGUCUGGAGGUGAGCAAGAAUGCGGCCACGACCCUCAAGAACUUUUGCAAAUGGCAGCACCAACAUAACCAGCUAGGGGAUGAUCACGAGGAGCACUAUGAUGCAGCCAUCCUGUUCACCCGAGAGGAUUUAUGUGGGCAUCAUUCAUGUGACACCCUGGGAAUGGCAGACGUUGGGACCAUAUGUUCUCCGGAGCGCAGCUGUGCAGUGAUUGAAGAUGAUGGCCUCCAUGCAGCCUUCACUGUGGCUCAUGAAAUUGGGCAUCUACUUGGCCUCUCUCAUGACGACUCCAAAUUCUGUGAAGAGAACUUUGGUACUACAGAAGACAAGCGUUUAAUGUCUUCAAUCCUUACCAGCAUCGAUGCAUCCAAGCCCUGGUCCAAAUGCACGUCAGCCACCAUCACAGAAUUCCUGGAUGAUGGUCACGGUAAUUGUUUGCUAGACCUACCACGGAAGCAGAUUUUGGGUCCCGAGGAACUCCCAGGACAGACCUACGAUGCCACCCAGCAGUGCAACUUGACAUUUGGGCCUGAGUACUCGGUGUGCCCUGGCAUGGAUGUCUGUGCGCGGCUGUGGUGUGCUGUGGUGCGCCAAGGCCAAAUGGUGUGUCUGACCAAGAAGCUGCCUGCUGUGGAGGGCACUCCCUGUGGGAAGGGAAGAAUCUGCCUUCAAGGCAAAUGUGUGGACAAAACUAAGAAAAAAUAUUACUCGACAUCAAGCCAUGGAAAUUGGGGGUCCUGGGGCCCCUGGGGUCAGUGUUCUCGCUCAUGCGGGGGAGGAGUGCAGUUUGCCUACCGCCAUUGUAAUAACCCUGCACCUCGAAACAGUGGCCGCUACUGCACGGGCAAGAGGGCCAUAUACCGUUCCUGCAGUGUCACACCCUGCCCACCCAAUGGUAAAUCUUUUCGCCAUGAGCAGUGUGAAGCCAAAAAUGGCUAUCAGUCUGAUGCAAAAGGAGUCAAAACAUUUGUAGAAUGGGUUCCCAAAUACGCAGGUGUCCUGCCGGCAGAUGUGUGCAAGCUUACGUGCAGAGCUAAGGGCACUGGCUACUAUGUGGUCUUUUCUCCAAAGGUUACAGAUGGGACUGAAUGCAGGCCGUACAGCAACUCUGUGUGUGUCCGAGGAAGGUGUGUGAGAACUGGAUGUGACGGCAUUAUUGGCUCAAAGCUACAAUAUGACAAGUGUGGAGUGUGCGGAGGGGAUAACUCCAGUUGUACAAAGAUUAUUGGAACCUUCAAUAAAAAAAGCAAGGGUUAUACUGACGUUGUGAGGAUCCCUGAAGGAGCAACCCACAUAAAAGUCCGACAGUUCAAAGCCAAAGACCAGACUAGAUUCACUGCCUACUUAGCCCUGAAGAAGAAAACUGGCGAGUACCUUAUCAACGGCAAGUACAUGAUUUCCACUUCAGAGACCAUCAUCGACAUCAAUGGUACCGUCAUGAACUACAGUGGAUGGAGCCACAGAGAUGAUUUUUUACAUGGGAUGGGCUAUUCAGCCACAAAAGAAAUCCUGAUCGUGCAGAUCCUUGCCACAGACCCAACUAAAGCGCUAGACGUCCGUUACAGCUUUUUUGUUCCCAAGAAGACCACUCAAAAAGUAAACUCUGUCAUCAGCCAUGGCAGCAACAAGGUGGGACAACACUCUACACAGCUGCAGUGGGUGACAGGUCCAUGGCUGGCCUGCUCUAGGACCUGUGACACAGGCUGGCACACUAGGACCGUGCAGUGCCAGGAUGGUAACCGGAAAUUAGCUAAGGGAUGCCUUCUUUCUCAGAGGCCUUCUGCAUUUAAGCAAUGUUUGCUGAAGAAAUGUUAGCCUGUGGUUUACACUAAUGCACAAAAAAACAACAGGAGGAUCAUCACAGAUACAGCUGUGGUGAAGACAAGGCCUACCCAAAGCACAGAAAGUCAUGCCUUCAUGUCAUUGUCACCACGAGUCGAAUUAUGGGCAGAAUCUGCUCUCUGCGACCAAAAGGUUUACUCUACUUGGUGUAAUGAUGGUGACCUUGGAAUAAAGAAAACAUGAAGGUUAUGGAACAUCCCUGGGCCUACACAAAGGAGACACACAAUGAUGAAUGUAGAAUCGGGGACAUUUGAAGAUGGCAGAGAAGUCUUGUCACCUACCUCUUAUAGAAUGUCUUCAAAGACAUCGUGAUCAUGUUCAGCCAUGAUACACAGCUAAUUUUUACUGUUUGUAAAUGCAUCCACCCUUAGUAUGUCACUUUAUAAACUUGGUCCUAUUAAUAUAUACACAUGUGUAAAUACAAUAUAUAUAUUUGACCAAAGUAGGUCUGCAGCUAUUUCAACUACUAUUUUCCAGAAAGAGCUGAGGAUGAUUUACUGGAAAUUAAGAACUUGCUGCUGUUAAAUAAAACUUUAUAUAUUGUCAGUCUGCAGGAGAUAACAUUUUAGUUAAAAAGAAAGAAAGAAAGAAAGAAAGAAAGAAAGAAAGAAAGAAAGAAAGAAAGAAAGAAAGAAACCAUUUUGACAGCAAGCACCUUCUGUGAAGUUCUAAAAAGGGAAAGGAUCUGUGUAUGUCUGGUCAUUUAAGCACAUAUUCAGUUCUGUGUACUCUAGAUAUUGACGGUCUGUAUAUUUUUCAGGCAGCCAGCCAAGUUAUUGUAUCAUUUGGGUGUAGAAACUGUGUUUUCCUGUGUAUUUGUGAUCAAUAUCCAAGGGUCUAAAAGUUAGCUUGCUUGUAUUGGAAUUUAAAACAACAACAACAAAAAGAAAUAUGUCACUGUGUUUUCAAUUUGUAUUUUCACAACUGCUUCCUUUUCUAUGGCUCCUGGUUCAUAUCUCACAGUGCGUAGGGAUCAUAGAGAACAUGCAGCCGCAAGCUGUUUGUCACAUCCAGCUUCCACAGUAAUGGCUCACCUCUGCUCAGCCAGGGUUUCAAAUGUGUUUGUGGUUGCUUGUUUGUUUUUCCUGAGGGUGGGAAGAUGUAUGUUCUGUAUUGACUGGGUCUAACAGUAAUAUUGAAAUCAUUUUGUAUUUAGCCUCAUCUUGAAUGAGCAAUCGGAUCAGUUCAACUAAUUCAAGAAACCAAACUGGUUAGCACUUAAAAGACUCUUUCCACACCAUAGGCAAUUAUCUCAUAAUUUACAAAAUAUAAGCAUAUGCCUGCUGUAAUAGAGAAUUUCUGCUCUCAGAGGCAUUUGUCUAUACCAGUGAGUAUGUAAGUGAUGAAAUAUAAGCGGUUUCAGGAAGUCUUUUACCUACACAAGAAGGUCUCACAUGCUUAAUGAUAAUCAUAAUCUCCUUUAACUACUCACUGAAAGACCCCCCCUCCGAUAAUUCAAAUAAUAUGAGGUGGUUUUAUUCCACUAGCAUUUCUUUUUUCUUCGUAAAAAUCUGCAAAGUAAAUUGUUUUACACAAAUUCUAUAGUGAUCAUACCAAAUGUGCCUACUGUGAAAGAUUUGCAUAGAAGGACUUUGAGAAAUCCUCUCUGGAAUUCCACUAAAUGUAUGAGAGUUUAUUUUUAUUAUAGGAUAUUUUAAUAUAAAUAAUUAUGUAAUUGAUGAAUCCAUAUCACAUUGAUUUCAGUGGGCCAGAAAAAGAAUGAAAUCCUACUUAGGUUGGUUUGUUUGUUUGUUUGUUUGUUUGAAGAGAUUAUUUUGUGAAACAGACCAAUGCCCUCCCAAACCAGUCAUCAUCCAUUGGCUUCUCACAGCCUGGUCUUUUUACAUCAAGAAAUGCAGACUAUACAGAACUUGUAGCCUAUAUUGGGUGCAGGUCUCCAAACAUAGAGCAGGGAAUUAAUCUAGUCAAAUUGGUCAUAAGACAAAAAAAUUAAAUCUCACAUUGCUUAUUUAACUGUACAGAGAGAAUAAAUAGUAUAAUGCAACUUUCUCCAAUUUUUUUUAAAACAAUAUAAACCAAGUAGUUCCAAUUUGACAAAAUUCUUAUUUUGUUUUUUGUUGUGGUUAUAUUUAAAAAAAUAAAUGAAGAGUAAAUGUGAUUAUCUCCUACUCUCCUUCCCUCUAUGAUCAUCAUAGAUUUUUUAAUAUUUCCACUGGGUUACUUUCCCUAUAAUAAUCGAGUUUUAUACUUCACACUGAAAUCAUCCUAAGGAGGAUAAACAGAUAAACCACUAAUCUAUGUCUAGAGGGAUUUUCUUUAUGUUUUAAAAAGACUAUUCCGGGGCUGGUGAGAUGGCUCAGUGGGUAAGAGCACCCGACUGUU